UUCCCUAACCGCAAGAGUUGUUGAAGGAGCUAAGUCCCAGCUCCAGCUUAACUACUGUUGCGGGGGUAACCGGGGACAUCUGUCUUCACUUGGCCAUCCCUCUAUCAGUUGGGCCGGCAAACCCGUCUUGAUGGUCACCUUAACCACUUUCCUCUUGCUACUGAGCAGCUGGUCUCACUCCUUGCCAGGUCCGGGCUCCUGGCCCAAGCUGUAGGAUCAAAACGAGCUAUUUCUGGCCCCGGCGCGCAGCCCCUGGGGGCCGACCUGGAGUGUUCAUGCUCACGCCCCCCCCCUGGCCGCUGAGCACCCGAGGCUGAGUCAGAGGCCCAGAAUUAGGCCCGACCUACUCUGGGGUAGGGUCUGUUCUGUGUCCUCUGACAGCCUGGCGUGGCUGCCGCAUUCUCCAAGAAUCUUCCUAAGACUGGUGCGUCAUCCUCAGAUGCCAGCCGGGCGGAGAUGGAUUAAGAGGACGGAGAACUCUGAUGGACUCUUCUUAGGGGCCCAGGUGGCCAAGGACCCUGGGUAUUUUUCUGUGCUGCUGGAUGUGAAGCACUUCUCCCCAGAGGAAAUCUCUGUCAAGGUGGUUGGCGACCACGUGGAGGUUCACGCACGGCAUGAGGAGCGCCCGGAUGAACAUGGAUUCAUUGCUCGAGAGUUCCACCGUCGCUACCGCCUGCCUCCUGGCGUGGACCCUGCUGCUGUGACCUCGGCACUGUCUCCUGAGGGUGUCCUGUCCAUCCAGGCCACACCAGCAUCGGCCCAGGCCCCACUUCCAUCACCACCUGCUGCCAAGUAGGGGUCCGGGCAUUAUAGGACCGAAUCUAAGAAGCCUCUUUAGGCUCCCUUUUAAAAGCCAAUCUGACUCCGCUGCCCAGCCAGAUAUCCCAAUCGCUGUCAAGACAGUUCCUCCCCACCAAAUAUGAGUGUCUUCCCCUAGGACCUUUCCACCUAAAGCCCUACCUGGGCCUUAGUGACUGAGACACGCCCCCCCCCAAGCCUGCCCUGCCCUGUCAGCUUUCAGCCCCAUCCAUAAUACCCCGCUAGAGACAACACAAACACUGUCACCCUCCUUGGCCUACACUCCCACCUGACUGAGCCCACUCUGGGCUUCUACUAGCACUAGGCCCCCUACUGCACUUCUAAGUUGUAGAAUACCCACACUGUGAGACCAGAGUACGAUGCAGAUAGUGCUCCCCCCCACCCCAGGCCUGUCACCUAAUUCCCCACACUGACCCAUGGGAAGGCCAGUCUGACCCAGACUGCAUGGGCUUUCCACAUCAGAACAUUCAAGUCUGGUCCACCAGACUCUAGAUCCUGUCCCUGCCACCUAACAGUCUGCCCCAGGCCAUUUUCUGACUUGAAACUCCAGGAGCCUAAGUUCCCAAAUCCUGUUCUGAUUUCCCAAUCCUUGGAAAUCUAUUCCCAACCAACCAGGAGCCCCAAACUCAGACUGUACAGGCACCCCAACUUCCCCAGAUGAGCUAGGCCAAUAAACCAGAACCCUUGGGUUCCUUUGUCCCGACUCCCCCCCUGCAGCCAGACAGCCUAAGCAGCCGCCUCCCAUCACUUGUCCUGUAAGAUCAGUCACAACUCCGUUCCCUGUCACCUCAUGCCCUUCCUAUCAAUCCCCAAUAAAGGCGCUAAAAGAUUCA